AUGGUUUGUCAUGAUGCUCAACGUGGUUUCUAUACAUCGUCGAUACGCAUGAAAAAACCUCAUAUAGUUGAUCUGAAAAUUCAUUAUGGAGAUGAUUUUCCUGAUAUACAUGCAGAGCUUCUUGAAGUACUUCAAGAAAAAGAUUCAACUGGUAUUACUUUUCUUCAUGGUCCACCCGGUACGGGAAAGACAUUUUAUCUACGAUAUUUGAUCAAUGAAAUUAAAGACAAAAGCUUGAUCUAUGUUCCACCUGAUCUUGUUAAUGUAAGUCACUCAAAGAGUAUUUUCUUCAUCUUGAUUGAUUGUUUUAUUAGUUUUCUUAAACAAAAGUUUGUUUUUAAAUUUCGACAGAGACACUUCUAGUUUGAAGUCACUUUUCUUUGAAGAAAAACUCGUCUAAUUGAUUUCUUAAUCUUGUUAAACAAGAGAAAAAAUUCAUUCUUGAAAUCAUCAUAACUAUACGAAAAAAUGUUGGAGAUGAGUUUUUCAUAAAAGACUAAUAAAUCAAUUAUACUUGUUAAUAUUAUCGUUAAACUAAUCAUUUUUUAACAAAAUUCUUCUUUGCACAGUUCAUCGUGAUGUUUAAAGCACGUAAACAAUAUUGAUCGAUAAACUAAUUUAUAAGUUAUAUUAUAUUGUCAAAAAUGUAUAGAUAAAUGUCAUUAAAAAAGAACAUGGAGUGAUGAUAACACUAAUGUCUUGUUUAUUUUAGGAUAUGACAAAGCCCGGUCUUUUGCCAUUUCUCAUGUGAUAUCCAAACUCAAUUCUGAUUGUGGAGGAUGCUGAAAAUAUAAUCCGUGAUCGAAAUCAAGAUACUUUUCUAGCUAACCAAGCCGUUGCCAAUUUGUUAAACCUUUCUGAUGGCCUACUGGGUGAUGCUAUGCAUCAACAAAUCAUUUGUACGUUUAAUUGUGAUGUCAAAAGUAUCGAUGCUGCUCUUCUGCGUGACGGCCGACUUGUCGUUGAACAUAAAUUUGAUAAAUUGAGUAUCGAAAACGCUCGUCGUUUGUGUCUAGAAUUGGGCGUACCUGGAAAUGGCGACGAUAUUCACGAAUCAACAUCCUUAGUAGAGAUUUAUGCACGAAAAAAUGCAUCACUAGGAACUUUAUCGAACGAUCUCGAAAAUGGACAGACAUCAUCAAAAAAUAAACGACAGUCUAAAAAAACGAAGAAGGAAGCCUCAAAUUCGUUUUUUGGUUUUUAUUCGUAGGCUUUUUUAAUUUUUAUUUGACGAAGAUAAAAACAAAAGAUUAAAUAAAAUCAUAUUAAUCUAUUUUCUUGUUAAUAAUAAAAUUUAAACGAGAAAAAUAUGUGACACGAUAUACAACAAUAUUGGUACUAAAGUCCCGCGUAGGUUCAAAUUUUGAAACCUGCACCCUACACGAUUAAGUCAAACAUGAAAAUCGUAAUCAUCUAUUUAUAUUCGAUUAGAUGAUUUCCAUGAAUAUGGCUACAGGUGUGAGGUGAGUGUUAUCAGUCCCACAGCUCACCCACCAUCUUACGACUCAGACUUCCUAAUAAAACAAUCGAUGAACUAAAUGGGUGUCUAGAGAUGAUAUUCUUGAUGAUGACAUAUUUUUCAAAUUACAGAUAUAAAUGAUAUGAAAACUUUUCGAAAAGUAAAAUUCGUAUUCCUAUGAAUUGUUAUCAACUCUCUCUACUUCCAGAUGUUAAAAAAAAAAUCUGACCACUAUCUAUUUCGAUUUCAAAUAAUUUACCGUUUUGAGUAUUAAUUAAUUUUUCAGACAAUGAAACAGCUGUUAUAAUAAUAGCCCUUGAUUUAAAUUAGAGAGUAAAUCAUCAUGUAUUGUAUGUAAUAAUAAUUGUGGAGAGAAACAUACUGCGGGAAGAAUAAGCAAGCUAUCCUCAGAAAAAUGAAAAUCAGUGUCUAAAUGACUGGUUUAUUUAAAGACGAUAGCUCUUAUUUUACCUUUUCUAAAUACUAGAAACAUUAAAAAAUGAACGAAUGAUGUUAAGUCAAAUAGUAGAACAAUAUGAUAUUAUUUUUUAUUUUAUUUGUGGAUCAAAAUAAUCACUAUCUUGUACUUUCAUUUUUUAACUCUCAUAUCUUCUCCGACAAUUAUUGAUUGUACAUGUUAUCGGCUCAACUUAUUUUUUACAUAUUGGGCGUAUGGUUAGCGUGUGGGUAUGGGUAUGGGUGUGGGUGUGGGUGCAGGUUUGGGUAUGGGAAUUUAAUUCAUUGACACCCACCCACACCCACACCCACACCCUUUCGCUAAUACAUUCCGUGGAAUUUCGCCAAUAAUUGGCGAAAGUCAAAAUUGGCGAAGUUCCGGAAUCCCGAACAUUUUACAUUUGGAUAACUUUUUAAUUUCAAUAUAGAAUUAAGAAUUCAAGCUAUGCUGGAAAAAUGUCGAAAAGUGAAUAUGGAAGUAGAAAAAUAUCGAAAACGAUGAUUUCUUCAAUAAUUUGUGACUCUAAACAUGGCUAGUUCAUUUUUGUUUGUCUUAUAAUUUUAUUAGUAUAGAAGUUGAAUCAAUCGUGAUUUUGCGACUAAUAUCUGAUAAAAAUUACACAAGAAAGUUAAACGAAGAAAUUAGUGGCGGUGCGAGACUACUAGUGCCCUCUUGUUUUGUGUGGACAGUAGAAGGUGGCGCCUCCAAGGCGUGCGCCUUGUAAUCAAGAAUACAGUGUCAAUAUAGUAGAAGGCAAUUCCACUGCCCUUAGUAGAAGAAGAGAGAAGCUUGUGUUCUAGUUCCGCCGUUAGCAGCUCCACUAUUGAUUUGUAUCCAGCAGAAUACGACAUACAUAGAGAUGGCGCCACCUUCUACUGCCCACCCAAAACAAGAGAGGCGCUAGUAGUCUUUCGCCGCCACUACCUAUUCUAUUUUUCUUAGCACCGCAACCAUGUAAGUGUCAUUAUUACUGCAGUUAUUAUCAGUAUUAUUCCCAUUCCAGUAGAACCAAUGACGAUUAAAACCAAGCCAGUUACCAAACUAUCUUGUUCCCAUACAACAGAUGUAACAUAUUUUGAAUUGUAGUAGCAAUCGUAAGUGUUGUUGAUCUAUAAUGAAAUGUAAAAAAGUCAAUGAAAUAAUAAUAUUUAUAUAUAAGAAUUCUUUCAAUCAUUUAAUAUGGGAGACUUGAUAUCGCUUAUCAUGAAUCCCACUCAAAACUAAAACUGAGAUAUACAUACUCGAAAAUUUACCUUUUCAGCUAAAAAUAAAUACUUAAAUAGGCAACUAAUAAAUAGCGUAAGCUUUAGAAUGUAACAUGAUUGCAUGAACAUUCGAGACAUCAGUAUGAUUGGGUAAGUUACUGACGAAAUUUGUGUCAAUUCUAGAGUACCUCAGUUGAAUUACCUGACAAUCCUGGUAUGAGAUAUGCGUACUAUAACUGAUUUUAUACGGAAUUAUGAAUUUAACAAAAUACGCAAUAUCUAAUUUGAAACUGAAACAAGAAACAAGGUGUGAACAUUCCUGAAUACGAAAGAUAUUGAAAUUUUCAGUAGAAAAUAUACGCGUAGAUAUAGAUAAAUUAUUCCAACGAGAUGCUGCAUCCGAAUCAAUAAAAUAAAUAAUAUCCUUUGCUUAGGAAUGUAUUUAUGACAAUUAAUACUUUUAGCUAUCUUGAGGAGUGCAUUAAUGUGUUGUUCCUAAAGAAUUUACAAUACUUUUCCAGACAUCAUAGCAUACAUCUUUACACCAUUUUACAAUAAGCAUAGUUAUUUUGUUGGGUUUGUUAGGCUUUAAUCAUUGGGAUAACAUACCCUUUGAGGUUGAGCCGUAAGUAUAAAAUCGGAAGUUAAGUUCUAGACAAAAAGUUUGUUUUUCUUGUUCAGAACACCUAGGCACCAAAACGAAUUUAUCCAUCAUUAUACACGUCCUUAUCAAAGGUAUUCCUGUGUUUAAUAUGUCUUGUUCAGCAGAAACUAGGAACCACUAUCUAAAAUAACAAGUAAAUGUUCGUCGUAGAAGUUAAUCUUUUGUUUACUUUAAUCUACUUCUGCACUCAUUCACUCUUAUUGCUUCAAUAUAUCUCAUAACUAAUCAUACUCCACAGACAACGAUUCUCGAUACUUUGUCGGAUGCAAAUAAAGAAGGCUACUAUAAUCUUUGUGUUUGUUUACAUAUUUACUUGCAUAUUUCGGCGAUUUGAACUGGGUGACGUUGAAAUAACACUAGUAAUAAAAGUUUCAUUAAAGAUCGGAUAGUUCACCAAAAAGCUCUCGCGAUAAAAAGUAUGAGUUGUGUAAUCAGUUCCCAAAAAGCGAGGGUUUGGUGGUUUAAUUGAAGUAUGAUUGUUAGCAGUGUGAUCAGUAGAACAUGAUUGACACAUCUUAGUGGUAUAAUUAGAGUCUAAUACAAGACACUUUGUGUUGGUAUCAUAUGUGUUUCGUUGAUUCUGAGUAGGGAUAUAAUUCCCAAUGCCAAUUCCUAAGAAAAUUCCAAAUCCUACCAACAAAAGGCAAGCAAAAGCCAAGCAAUCACGUGCUCCCUGCAUGGUUUAUUGAAAUGCUUUCAAUCAAAUUUUAGAUCUACAAUCAUCAAAUAAUAGUAUAGAUGCAAACGAUGGAAAGGCAUCGUUAAAAUAAUGAUAGCCAUACAUUUAUUUUAGGCACUACAUUAUGGAGAGCGUUGCUAUUUUUCUGAAUUCCUGAGAAGAGUGUAGGUCUGGAUGUGGUUGCAGAUAAAGACAAGAUUAAUACUCACAUGCACACCGAUACCCACCUUCUGAUGCUGAGAAGUAUGCUUAGCCUUUCAUACUCUAGUGCACAUCUUAAAUUCAUCUAAUACAUAUAAUUUAGUUUAGCAUUCAAUUCUCAGUCGAAUGCUCUGUAGUUUGACCAUAAUUUCACAUGUAUAUCUUUUGAUAUGUCAUGACCUCUUGAUUCUCGUGGCUUAGCCAUAUAGCCCAUGUACAAAAUACUACUGAUGUGAAAAUCAUAAAAAGAAAUACUUUCAUAUAAACAGCUGAAGUACGAAGGUCACACUCGUCCUAAGAGUCUCUGAAGAUACUAAUAGUUUCAUACUAAAAAAUCACUUUCCAUAAAAUGAAAUAUUAUUCGAUCAACUUGAAAACUCGAGAUGUUUUCAAGAGAGAAAAUUCAUGGAAAGACCCUGAAUUGCUCCAUUUAGAUUUAAAAAGUUAACGAAAAUGAUUUAAUCUCUUGAAAUUUGGAAAUCUAUUUAAAAUAUGUAGUUUAGCGACGUUUCACGAGUUAGUUGCUGGCUAGUCACAUAUUUUAAGAAAAAAUAACUCAGCCCGACUUACAAAACCUUUUGACGUGAUGCGUAGAAUCUUCACUAUAUAUGAAGUUAUAUCUGAUUACUGCAUUGCUUUACUUGAUAUUGUCUUCAUGUGAAGGGAAUCUGUAACCGAUUGCUUUUCGGAUAAAUUAUAUAAAUAAUUGUAUCCAGUACUCAGCUAAAAACUAACCACCUCUACACUAUCAUUUUUUCAUCUGUCUGCAUUACGUGUUUUUGAAGGAAGUUUUAUUCAACCAACAUGACUACACAUGUCGGAGAAUGCCAUGUACUUCUUUCACAAUCUUCUUGUUGAAGAAAAGAAAAGAAAAUGCAAGCGUUGACGGGUUAUUUGUAAUAUUCAAAAAAAAGGAAGUGUAUUUAUAAAUUUUAUCGAAGCAAAAAAUAAUUCAUUUUUUGGACGGAUUGUCAUGCUUAUGCUAGAAGGAUCAUAAUGUCUUCUUCUAAAACUUAAAAGAAAGUUUAUGAUGAAAUUUUUUUUCUCGUUCCGACUAGAACUUUAUAGGACGGCAUUUACCGAUUUAUUUGAUUUAUUUGUACUAUAUCGAUGUGUCAAUCUUUUAUUGAAUGUCAAUCAACUGUAAUCACGUUUCAGUGAAUAUUACUGCCAGUUUUUGAUGAAUAGUUCACUGAAACCUAACAUUGACACCAAUAGUUUCUCUAAUACGAAGCAUCAUAUAGUAGGUGCAGGAUUGCCAAUCAUUUUCAAAAUGUUGUAGGAUGGACCAAAAAAUAUGCCUAACACUUGAAAACUUUAGUACAAAGUAUUUCACGUUGCUUUCUGACCGAUUUUGUCACGAAAGACAUUUUUAUUCAGCAGUCUUAUUCGAGAAACAUGAAUUCAAAGUUUGUUUAUUUCACUUGUUCCACAUAAGUUUCCUUCAUUCUAGAUUUUUCACCUGUAUUUUCCUAUCAUGGUAGCUGCUCGUUGCUAAUUCUAUAAGCUAGUAUUAGCUUAUAACGAAAAUUUUCUAUAGGAUCUUGUCUGAAAGUUGUUCGAAAUAAUAGUAUUAAAAAUCAUUUGUGUUGUUGUCGUUGUUAAUGGAAAAUAUCAUAGCGACGAAAGUAAACAUGACUAUGUUGCUUACUCAUCACUGCAAGAAUUUUUUUAAUGCAGAUGCAGACAAAGAUUCAAACAGUCUGCGUUUUGAUAUUUCGUUGUUCCUUAAUAAAAAGUAGGAAAAUGAUUGACAGCAAUGAAUGUUUGUUUGAUUUCUUCACAUGAUUCAUUCGAUACAAAGAACACGUUUCACCCAUGUUUUUAGUGGGGUGUGGGUGUGGGUGUGGGUGUGGGUGUGGGUGUGGGUGUGGGUGUGGGUGUGGGUGUGGGUGUGGGUGUGGGUGGGGUGGGGGGUGUGGGUGGGGGG